AUGAAAGAUAUCAACCCGAAUUUCUUUUAUGCAGUUGAUGUAGACGAAGCUAACCAGUUUAAAAGUGCGCUCUGGGUAGAUGCAAGAUGCAGGGCUUCCUAUGAAUAUUAUGUUGAUGUGGUAUCAUUUGAUACAACGUACAGAAGAAACAAGCACGGACUUCCAUUUGCAUCUUUUGUUGGUGUUAACCAUCACGGUAAGUCCACUCUGCUCGGACAUGCUUUGAUGGGAAAUGAGAAAAUUUGUAGCUUCGAGUGGGUCUUUAAGCAAUGGUUGAGGUGCAUGGGAUCUCCCCCACAGGCCAUCAUCACGGACCAGUGCAAAUUCAUAUUUGGUGCUAUCAAGAAUGUCCUUCCAGAUACUCGCCACCGAUGGUGCAUAUGGCACAUAAUGAAGGAGAUACCGCAUAAGCUCGAAGGAUAUGCUCGGUUUACAAAAAUAGAUGAUAGAAUGCAUGGCACUGUUUGGAAUGCCAGGCCUAUGGAAUAUUUCGAGAAGGAUUGGUCUGCAUUCAUUGUUGAGUUUAACUUAGAGCGAAAUAGAUGGCUAUCAGACUUUUAUGACGAAUGUCGGAUGUGGGUUCCAAUAUAUUUUCAAGGUGAAUUUUGGGUAGGUAUGAGAAGUACUCAACGAAGUGAGAGUAUGCACACCUUUUACGGUGGUUACUUGCAUUGCAAGAGUGGACUGGUUCAGUUUGUGCAUGAAUAUGACAACGUGCUUGGAAACAAGGAGUAA